AUGUCAACCCGUACUACUCUUGGCCUUGGGACAUUAGUUGAAGAAACGAUAUUGAAAGAGAGUGGUGACAGCUAUGGUCGCUACAAAAUAAAGAGAUAUAUAAAAAGUACUUUGCAUGAAUUGACUUUCAUAGGGAACCGAUUUAAGCUACAAGUUUCUGAUCCCUCGUACAAACUGCGAUAUCAAUAUGCCCUCGAAUUUUGGAGAGAAAGAACGGCAAACGAAGAAUUAGCGGAUGCGAAAAAACUGAUUAACGAGCUGAGGGAGAAACUAAACAGCAAAGACUGUAUAUAUUCAGAAGCCGAGGAGAGCAAUACAAAUUUGGAUGGAUUUUUUUCAAAACAGAUUACCCCAACCAAAGCCGGCAAAAGGGCAACAAAGCCGAAUGCGGUCGAGAAGCUGGUUUGGUAUGUCACUAGCAAAUGUGAAGAUAAGUUUUAUGUAAAAUCUGCGAAUAAUUGUGAAGCCGAGAUAGAAAUAAGUAGGCAAGAAAUCCUGUGUAGCUACAAGCUUAUUCGUCCUGGAGAUGAAGUUAAAGUCAUUCCUUGUCUUGGAGACAAACACAGCGC